AUGCUCAUUAUCACGGCGUAUAUUCAACUAGCCUUCCGCAUCGGUCGUCGUACAUUCGCUGACAUCCUGGCACCCGAGUUCGCAACCAUUUCUGCCAUCUCCCUAGUUUUGCCUUCCUUUGUGUUUAAGCUCAACUUCACACAAGCCGAUGCGCCAGAGUUGGUCGGUGGUCUCGCCGAGACCAUCAGAGAAUGGACUUCAGAAUUGGAUCUUGUAACCCAAGCCAGGACCGCCUUCGUAGGUAUGAGCAUUGCCACGCUGGUUGUUCUCAUCAUGGUCGUGUUGGGAUAUGGACGCGAUGACGAAGCAGCGAAGAAGGGUGCUAGUGGAUUCACGGCGUCUCGUCUUCCGUCUCGUCUACACGAUCUCUUGACGCUUUUCCUUAUAACUCAGACACGUGCCCAGAACAUCCCGCUCUUCUUGUUCUUCGAUCUGCAGUCUCAGAUUCUCUUCUACUUGCUCGCACGUCCAACCAGGCCUGUCGCCAUCAACUCUCAUGUAUACACAAACCCUCUGCCGAUACUUCCUACCACUGUUACAAUCCUCCUCAUGGCGCAUACGUCUUUCUUUGCGCUUGGCAAUUCCAAUGCCAUCUCCAGCAUUGAUCUCAGCAAUGCAUACAACGGUGUCAGUGGCUAUAAUAUCGUUGCCGUUGGUGUUCUUCUCUUCGCAUCGAAUUGGGCAGGCCCAAUAUACUGGAGUACGUGCGCGGCUGUGCUCUUCACCUUACCUUCCGCCGAGCAAGAGGAAGCAGCUCUUGACUGUCUUGAGAAAGCCGCCGAAAGGCAGCGAACUCUAGGCAACAAGAAGUGGGUUCUCGAGGAGAGAGAUCUGUUGCACCAACAAGCUUUGGCCGCGACCUCUGCGCCCACAUCUGUUCAGAAAGACAAGGAUCAACAUAUCUGGCAUGAGCACAUCAGUAUAAUGACGAUCUUCAUCUCUGCAAGCUUGCUAGCUGUAAUGGUGGCUUGUACUAUGUUGAGAACGCAUCUGUUUAUCUGGACAGUGUUCAGUCCGAAGUACCUUUACGCUAUGGCCUGGGCUGUUGGGUGGCAUCUGAUCGUCAAUAUAGGUAUCGGGGGACUUUUGUGGAGUGUUCGAUAA